UGCGCCAGUCACGUAGAAUUGUUAUUGUCACGUGACAGCUGAUCCAACGCUAUGUAAACUUUUGCCUAACCAUGGGAGUAACUAGCUAGCUAGUAUAGAAAUGAUGAAAUAUUAAGAAACACUCUACUGACGUGUGACUAAGAUGUAGCUGUACAAGUCCAGUUGAAUCCGCAUGUGAGCGUUAAACCAUUUAAAGCGGACUCGCAAUAACUGUUACUGACGGGGUUAAAACGCCUAUGUUAAAGUAAGCCUUAGCAUUAGCAUUAGCAUUAGCCAAAGCCUCACUGAGGAAGAGGUGUGCAGACUUCCCGACAACCGACUGAACUCGCAGUAAGCUCUCUUCAGUAUGCGGAACCGACCGAGGGGAUCCCAUCUGGGCUUGAUGCUCCUGGCCUCCCAGCUGUUCCAGAUGGGUCUAGACAACAUCCCCCCAGUCACCCUGGCUGUCCUGGGACUCAACGUGUACCUUUACCUGUUCCCUGCAGCUCCACUCAUGCAGGCCUGCGUGAGCGUCCAGCAGGCAUACUGGUUAAAAGACUGGCGCCGCCUUCUGCUGGCGCCGCUGCACCAUGUCGAUGAUUGGCAUCUCUACUUCAACAUGGUGUCCUUCCUCUGGAAAGGUACCAAGCUGGAGCGCCAGCUGGGCGGCCGCUGGUUCCUCUACCUGCUGUCAGUCUUCUCUCUGCUCACCGGAGUGGUCUAUCUGCUGUUGGAGGCAGGUUUAACAGAGCUCACCCAGGACCAGUCCUACAGCAUGGCCUGUGCUGUUGGCUUCUCAGGUGUCCUGUUCGCUCUGAAGGUGCUCAGUAACCAUUACCACCCUGGAGGUGUCACCUAUGUGAUGGGGUUCCCUGUGUCUAAUCGCUAUGUCAGCUGGGUGGAGCUAGUGCUGAUCCACAUUACAUCACCUGGGUCUUCUUUGAUUGGUCACCUGGCAGGUAUCCUGGUGGGUCUGCUCUACACUGCUGGACCACUGAAGGCCGUCAUGAAGAAAUGUGCAGGGUUAGUGACAUCGAACGGAUAUAACUUCCAGCCCAGUAUGUACUACAACUCUUCAGGCACUUCAGGCUACAGUGGCACUAGUGGAGGAAACUCAGGAAACCAUCAGCAUCCACCAGAUUACACAACAAGUUAUGGAUCCUCUUCUACAGGCGGACUGACGGAGCAAGAGCAGUUAGAGGCGGCCAUCAGAAACAGUCUGAAUGACAGAGACCGAACCAGCCAGAGUGGAGCUCCUCCUCCCUAUGGUUUCCAUCUCUCCGAGGAGGCGAGAGCGGAGGAGAUCCGGUUAAGGAGACUGAGGAGGUUUGACAGCUGAAGAAAAAGGUGUAGGUGAAAGGACGGAAGAGGAGUUCCCUACUGACUCCUGGUCCAAACUCUGCUUCCCAGGCUGAGGAAGAGCACCCUGAAUGAGAAGGUCCAACCACACAGACUGGCACUUUUAACAGCUCUUUACCUGUGUGGUCCUUUGUGCCUCUUUACAUGAGUCUUUACCAAAGAGUUAAUGCUAGCUAUAGAAAGCUACUUUAAUGUGAAUUACUCGUGAAUGUGUGAGCUUCCGAUUGGGGAAUCUAGAGAAAAGUUAAGGGGUAUAUGUGAUGUUUCUCAUGUUGCUACACCACUUACAGUUAGGAAACCGAUAUUGGACAUCAUAUCAAAUGCCUUAAAGUUGUUUGUUAUGGCUGAAUUAUUAAUGACCACCAAACAUGUAAUGGGCAGUAUUACUUUCCUCAUGUCUCAAUACAUUUAUUUUUUUAAGAAAAGCAUAAAGUGACUUUAUUUUUAUUUUUUUAACAACCUUACCACCAUACUACUUUAAACUUUCUAAAAAGUCACCACUCAAGAGCGACACUGGCUUUAAGCAAAGUUACAAAAGCAGCGUCGAAGAAGUACAUUGCUGGCUUUGAUUCCCCUAAAGCCCUGAGGCAUGAUGGGAAGUAGGACAACUUAAAUUGGAGCCUGGAAACCCAGCGAGCCAUCAGCACACGUGGGUCUGAAAUCAUGCUGCAGUAGAUAGGAUCGAACUGUACGUCCCAGUCACUGACGUGUCAUCUCAAGUAGGAAAAAGGGGUGAAAAGGUUGCGUGUUAAAUAUCCAGGCUCGACGUCAAGCCAAUUUUAUUUAUAAAUACCCCAAUAUCACAUGUAUAACUGUUUUUUGAAUCGGACAGAUUUGACAGUUGGCGUAGUUUAGUUUUGCAUGCUGCCAAGGGGAGCAUGGAAGCUGAGUGGAGCACAGGGCCCUGAAAGAACAUGAAUGGGGGAGGCUGAAGAAUGAUGGAGGGGAUGACAGGAUGGGGAUAGGGAUGACAUACACCGCACGGUAGGUACUGCCACUGAGCAUGGGUGCACAUUAAAGGUGUUUCUUGUCAUGUUUGUUUUAUGUCUUUUUUUUUUUUUUCUGUUUUCUUGUACAUGUCAGGAAAGUUGUGUCACAGUUCGUCAUCUCGCAUCACACCGCGCCUGUUAAUGCAGUCGACUGAUUGGUUCUUUGUGUUUGUUUGGGUAGUUCAGCAGUUCACUGAUCAGACUAACUAAACUAUAUACACAUUGUUCUGUAAAAGGUGCUGUUUGCACUAAACAUAUAUGUAAUAUUUACAUGGGAAGACCAGCUAUAGGGAAACGAUGUCAGUCAAGGCCACAUGAAAUAAAAGUGGGGAAAAAGACA